AUGGAAGGUGGUACGGACAUUUACUUACAGCAUAAGGGCCUUUUGAAGGAGCUCAAUAUGUUGAAAAUACAAGAAGAAUAUAUCAAGGAUGAGCAGCGUCAUUUGAAAAGAGAGUUGAUACGCGCACAGGAGGAAGUGAAGAGAAUCAAAUCGGUGCCAUUAGUGAUUGGACAGUUUUUGGAGCCGAUUGAUGAGAAUACAGGGAUUGUUUCAUCGACUACGGGCUCGAACUAUGUAGUGCGUAUUCUAUCUACUUUGGAUCGAGAAUUGCUAAAGCCAUCUUCAUCAGUAGCGUUGCACCGUCAUUCCAAUGCUUUGGUUGACAUUUUACCUCCAGAGGCAGACUCCUCGAUAUCAAUAGUUGGCGAAAACGAGAAACCCGAUGUGACAUAUGCGGACAUUGGAGGUCUAGAUAUGCAAAAACAAGAAAUUGUUGAGUCUGUUGAGUUGCCCUUGGAGCAGGCUCAUUUAUAUAGUCAAAUUGGUAUCGAUCCACCAAGAGGUGUUUUAUUGUAUGGGCCACCGGGCACUGGAAAAACCAUGUUGGUGAAGGCAGUUGCAAAUGCAACAAAAGCUGCAUUUAUUAGGAUAAACGGUUCUGAAUUUGUUCAGAAAUACCUCGGUGAAGGUCCAAGAAUGGUUAGAGAUGUGUUUAGGUUAGCAAGAGAAAACUCACCAGCAAUAAUAUUCAUCGAUGAGAUAGAUGCAAUUGCAACAAAGAGAUUUGAUGCACAAACAGGAGCUGAUCGUGAAGUGCAAAGAAUCUUGUUGGAAUUAUUGAAUCAAAUGGAUGGAUUUGACCAGACUUCGAAUGUGAAAGUUAUUAUGGCUACAAACAGAGCAGAUACUCUAGACCCGGCACUAUUGAGACCGGGAAGAUUAGAUAGAAAGAUUGAGUUUCCAAACUUGAAGGAUAGAAGAGAAAGGAGGUUAAUUUUUACUACAAUUGCAUCAAAGAUGUCACUUGCUCCUGAAGUUGAUUUGGACUCGUUGAUUAUUAGAAACGACCCAUUAUCGGGAGCAGUUAUUGCUGCAAUUAUGCAAGAGGCAGGAUUAAGAGCUGUAAGAAAGAAUAGAUACAUGAUACUACAAAACGAUUUGGAAGAAGCUUAUAAUUCACAAGUCAAGACUGGUACCGAACAUGACAAAUUUGAAUUCUACAAAUAA